AUGGUGAAGAGAAAGAAGAUACCAUCCUCUGCCGAAGAGCUGGAAAAUGGGAUGACAGUGGUCCAGAGAGACGGCUCUGAGGGCGAGGGGCCGAAUAAACCCUCCCGAAAGGCUGAAGGGUGCGAAGAUGAGGACAGUGUAGACCAGUCGAUCGAGGAGACGAGUACAAAGAGAGACGGAGAGGAAAUACUUAAUCCAUCAACUACGGCCAGCUUUAGUUCGGCUCCGACUCCUUGUACCUCUACACCGAGCCUAUCCGGACCCCCACCGAACCCCCAGUCCCAAACCUCAUCGCCACCGGUCUCACACAACCAGGACCAGCAUCAUUUUCUUAGAUCCAGCGUGCGACCUCCAAGCAAACGGAUCCGGAAAGAUACCGUCGCCCCAGCACUGAAUGGACACGGCGGGUCGAAAGGGAAAGGGGCGGAGGCAGGUUCUGCUGUGUGUGUCUCGGUCCCUGCUGGCCCCACCGGUGGUUCCGGAGGUGGCGGGGCCUCCCGUGCGGCUCCCAGGGGCCAGACGCCGGGGGAGAAGGAGGAGGGGGGCAGUCAGAAGCGGGCGCGUAGGCAGUGGGAGUCGUGGAGCACUGAGGACAAGAACAGCUUCUUCGAGGGACUUUACGAGCAUGGGAAGGACUUUGAGGCCAUUCAGAAUAACAUCGCUCUGAAAUAUAAAAAGAAAGGCAAGCCAGCCAGCAUGGUGAAGAAUAAGGAGCAGGUUCGCCAUUUUUACUACCGCACCUGGCACAAGAUCUCCAAACACAUCGACUUCAACAACGCGUACUCGCGUGUGUUGAAGAAGUCGUCUCAGGAGCUGUAUGGACUUAUCUGCUACGCUGAGCUCAGGAAGAAAGUUGGAGGCUUGAUGGACGAUAAGAAUGUGGCCAAACUGAACGAACUCAUUCAGCAGGGGGCCACCACUGUACGGUCCAAAGGACGGAACCUCAGAAUUAAGGCCCCAAUGUGCCGAGCGCUGAAGAAACUCUGCGACCCAGACGGAGUGAGUGAUGAGGAGGACCAGAAGCCCGUCCGGUUACCGCUGAAGGUUGCCGUGGAGCUGCAGCCCCGUAGCAACCACUCCUGGGCUCGGGUUCAGAGCCUCGCCCACAACCCACGCCUCAGGAUGGUGGUGGAGUUGCACAGGAAGGUGUCGAGUCUCAUUGAGUUUCUGAAGCAGAAAUGGGCUGUACAGGACCAGAGAAUCCGUAAGAGUCUGGAGGAGCAGGAGGCCCUGGAGGGCGUGUCCAGGGCGCCGGACUCGGAGGAGCUCAUUCUGUUUCCAGCGGAGAGCAGCACGGUGACGGCGUUGCCGGGCGUGGCCCGCGUGGUGCACUCCAAGGCAUCGUGUACGGUGCACUGGCAGGAGAGCGGGAGGGGCCGGCCAGGUGUGCGAGACCUACCUGCAGCCCACAUCCUGGGCAUCCAGCCCGCUAAGGGACCCGGAAAGACGGGCAAGGCGGGGUCAGGGGGCGGAGACUCGCGGCGAGCAGACGGCCACACCCACGAGACCGUAGAUAGCAGUAACUCCACCCCUGUGGGGGAAAGCAGUACGAACUCACCUCAAAAUACUACUAUGACACCAUCUGUCACUCAAGUGGUUGCCCCGCCCCCUGCACCAUCACUCCCUCCAGGACAGGAGAGCGGUAGUUCAGGGACAGGAAACACAGAGGGGGCGGGGCAUGUGCACACAGAGUCUGAUGGGCAGGCCAAGGAGGCCGCCAAUCAAACAGACGGCCCACCGACGGAGCCGAGCAAAGACGAGCCCGCAGCCGGAGGCGGGGCCUCUCCAGACAGAGCUCCGCCUCCGACAGAGCCGCCGACACGGAGCGAGGAAGUGGGCGUGACCGGACGUUCUCCGCAGCGAAUCCGCGAGGAAGGGUGGAGCUCGCGGGGCUCGGAGAACGUGACGCUGGCAGAACUCUACCUCAUGCUUGGGAAACCCGGGAAACUACAACUGGAGUACGAUUGGCAGCCGGUGCCCCGCCCAUCUGCCCCAAACACAAGCCACCGCGUUCUCCGCUGUCUCCUGCGCCUUGUGGCCUCAGAGGUCAAUCCCAAACCGGUACCUGAGUUGUCCUCUGUGGGAACAUCUCCGGUGAAGCCAGGUCAGGAGGACCAGUCUCUGACUCCACCCGGUAAAGCUCCGCCUCCAGGAGUCCGAAGCCCCAGCUAUGGACGACAACAGAGCACUGCACGCACAGCUAAAAUUCUUCUGCCCAACACAGUCAACACAGGUGGGCGGAACCUGCCUAGGUCCCUGCUGGUGUCUGGGAAUGACAGCGACGGGGGCGUGUUCGCCGUUCCGACGACCCUCCCCCCAAACAGCUCACGCCACUCCAGAAUGUUCUCUCCCAACAAGGAGGCGGAGCUAGCCUUCCGUCAGCAGCUCGACUCCAUCAGCUCGGACAUCUUCCUCCCCAAACAGAGGAAGCCGGGCCGAGGUCGACCGCUGAGGAAACCGCUGGUGGUCCAGAGAACGCUGUUGCCACGGACGACUGGAGACACCCCCCAACACGUGUGCUCCUUCUCCAUUCUCUCCAACUCCUCAGCUACAGGCACUGGUUCAUUCCGGCCCAUUCAGACCCGCCUCCCACCGUCUUCACGCCCAUUGGUUACUAAAGCCACAUCCACUACGCCAAGCCCCGCCCCUACUCAGCUGUCCAGUGCCAUCGACCUGGCAGCGAAGUCGGCUGGCAUCAUCCCGGCCAGCCCAUGCCGUGAGCUGGACCCCCCCAGCACAGACAACGCCCUGUUAGGCCCCGAGGAGGCCACACCCCUCGUCUCCUCCAUCCCCACGCCCGAAUCUGACCUCCUGCACCAGGAGCCAUCCGAGGGAACUCUCCAGAACGGCGCCCCUCCUCCCUCGCCUGGGGGCGGGGACUCCCUCUUGGCCCCGCCCAGUGUGGCCUCCCUAUUGGACAUCUCUUUACCCGGUCCCCCAGAAGAGUCCCUCCCCCCCGGAGAACCACACACACAUAUCAGCGACUCUAUUAUCGAGUUCGCCAUCAACUCUGCACACUACGGUGAUGGAUCCUCUCUCUCUCCUGCUAAGCUGAAUGGGAGUGACUGCUCUAAGCUCCUCCCCUCUCCUUGCCACAGCCCCGCCCACAGCUGGAUCCCCUCACCCACCCACGAUCCACAGUGGUACCCCAGUGACUCCACCGAUUCUACCCUCGGCUGCCUUCUGUCGAGCCUGGUGUCUCCUGAUAAGACGCGUAGGACGACCCUCCCCCCUGUCGAACCCUCCAGUGGUACAGCCCUUCUCGGCCCCAGCCUGCUGGACGGCAACUCCCAUGAUUCCUUUCAGUCCCGUGGCCUACCCGACGUGGCAGAGGUGGACACCCAGCUGGCCUGCAUGAUGAGUGAGAGCAGCGUGGAUUACAUCGCUCGGUUUAAUGACCUCGCCCAGGAGCUGUCCGUCACGGAGCCGACCCUCCCGCCCCCAGGAGUCUGA